AUGGACGGCGAGUGGUGGAGGAAGAAGUGGGUGGCGUGGGCGGCGGCGGCGGCCAUCUUCGUGGUGCUCAUGCUCGUCACGCCCGCCAUCCCGCAGGACAAGGACUACCACGACUUCGCCGACCAGCGCGUCCUCUUCCUCGCUGUGCAUAAAAAAUAUUAUACAAGAAUGUGCCACCGGCGAUGGGUGCAAACGGCUGUAAAUGUGGACGACCACAUCUUCAUCCCAAGAGGCGGGGGCUGGCGCUGGCGUCCACGACCUCACCAAAGCAAGGAAGGAAGGAGGAGCAGGCUCCAGCGUCAGGUGCCUAAGAUCGGCACACCUCCUCCCGAUCGACCCAGACCAGCGCCAUGGCAACAAGCUUGCCCCCCUACCCCGACCUUGAAGUUGAGCGGCCGAUACCACCAUGACUUGGCGGCACAGCUGGUGGAACCGGCGUCCAUAAGCGAGCAUCGUCCAGAUGGCCGCCGCGCUUCCGCUCAGUAG